AUGCCCUCAGCUAUUUCUCUGUCGACAUCGAUCAUACCGGAUUUCAAGGAGAUUCGAUCCCGAUCAUUCUCCUUACCUAAAUCGCCUAAAGCUGCCAAACGAUUCUUUGGGAAGAGCGAGGACUCUCCACCUGUCCCACCUCUACCUUCCUCGACCAACACCGGCACUCCGCAUUAUCAACAUACACCUUCUUCUUCUUCGAUAACGUCCAGUCUCAGUGCCAGUGUUGGGUUCUCAGGUGCGACUGUCGUGAGAACUCCUCAAGAGGCAUUGGAAGGUAUAAAAUCGCUUACUCCACCUGUCUUACCUCAACUGCCUAUCGCUCAUACUUACAUUAACCCAAACGGGAGAAAACCGCCCAUCUACCUGCAUACACACACCAACUCUCUAGAUAGAUGUAGAAUAAAUCACUCCAACGGAAUUGGUCCUCAGAGUAGCAAUUGCAAUACACCUAAAAUACAUAGAUCGCGAAGUGCUACCGAAGAACUUCGAUCUCCCAUAUCGACUUCAUCCACUUCCAAUCCUGCUACGCCGGUGACUGCUCCACCGUGUCAAGGGGGUAUAGUAGGUGUCAAAGGAGUAUUGAAAUCACCCAGUUAUGGGUACUUGAGAAAUCAUGAUGUAUCGGCUGAUAAGUGGGCGAGAGAAGUUCUGGGUAGUAUUAGGAUAAGUACAGAUAAUCAUAAUGACGUUGAUGCUCUUGGUUUGAGGGGAAGGAUGGAUUUGGGUGAAGGUGAAGAAUUGAAUUCAUUUAUCGACUCUUACGAUAGGAGUAUCAAACAUGAUUCAAUCCAAUCGUCAAUCGGACUUGUACCAGUUCCUCAUUCCACAACCUUCCACUCGACAACAAGCUUAACGUCAAUCCAGACGUUUGGGCAUGAUGAUAGAUCCAAAGGAUAUCAACCUUCCAUCGUAUCUACCGCUGCCUCUACUACACAGGGAUAUACGGAAGACCAAUACAAACCUUAUAUCCAGCCUGGAUCUUCAACUACGAAUAACAGUAUGUUGAUGUUGGAUGAGGAUCGAUAUCCGCCAAGGUCAACUUCGACUUUACAACAUCUGGAAGAAGUCAAAUUCCCUUCUUCUUCUACACCUUUACCACCUCCUUCGGAAUCUGACAUUUCGACAACAACAAAGGAAGAACAAGAAGAAGAGUAUGAUAAUAUUGAUUAUGAUCCAUUCAAGAAGAUUGAUACUUAUACUACUAGGCCUAUACGUACUAUCACUAGUACUGCUUCGUCGCGCUCUUCUCGAUCCUCAUCUUCGACAACAACCAAGAAACAAAAUGAAGUGCAGGACAAAUCUCUGCAUGCACCAGUUCCAGUACCUGUGCCGGUACCAUUCACGACGCCGACUUAUCCUAAGGCUGACCCAGUCGAGAGUACUUAUUCACCCCGAUCGAGACCACAACAACUCCCCAGUGAGAAGGAGAAACAAGACGAGGAGGAUAAACAGUUCUUGUUGGCAUUACCAACAAGAGAUUUCACAAGAUCACCUUCAACUCAUUCUAUGCGUCCUCCAUCUCCACUUGCUACAUCGGCAUCUACCAAUUCGAGAUCCCAGGGACACACGAGAUCACCUUCCACCCCUAUCACUUCUUCUUCACCUCAAAAGACGAUCAUCCAGACCCAUACUCGAAGUCCUUCUUCCCCUGCUGAAUUCUCUCCAUCACCUCUAUCUCCCUCCCCGAACUCUCCCAUACAGAAACUACGACGACCUUCCCUCUUGUCCAACAGAAGUACCGUCCGUCCGCCUCCACCCGCUAGUCGAAUAUCCAAGUGGCUGUCAGUAGUACAAACUCCCUUUCACGCUACUAUCCUUGAAGAUACGUCCCGACCUUUACCAUCUGGUCAAAGUGAUCUGGUAUUGCUGAAUCUCGAAUUCGCUUAUUCGUUGGAUGAUAAACCGAAUAACGAAAAGGUUAUAUUACCAAUCGAGGUCGUCAGACAAUAUGGAUCGAAUAUGUUGGUAGAUUGGUUAGAUAGGUAUUUGACUAGAAGUGGAAAUGGGAACAAUAAAAAAGUGAUUUCUACGGUCACGACUAUACCUGAGAUGACUGAUGGGGAGAGCGCGGAGGAAAGUGAUUUGGAGAGUGAUAACGGAUUGACUGCGUUGUUGAGAGACGAAUAUCUGAAUUCAUUCUUACUUCCUGAUCCACCCUCAUCAGCAACAAGUCUCACCACCCCCAAUCCUGUUCCUGUUCCUUCGGCUGUCGAAGGAGUAACCAUCCCGUCAUCGCCUAGAAAAGUCAAAUCUCCGUCCUCACCAAAUAUCCCUCUACCACCUACUCCAGCAUCGACCCUCGAUGUUCUCGAUGAGAUUCCUACUCGACUUCCAUCUGGUGAUGCGCCAGAGCCUGCUCCGAAGAGAGAACGAUGGAAACGAGGUGUUACACCGAGACAGUACGAGCAAUUACAGAACAUAUACCCCACACCUCUAUCUUCUUUGGCGCCUACUUCGCACGAUGACGAUGAUGACGAUCAGACUUCCAAAUCACCUUCGGAGAUGGAAACGGAGUUAAUAGAACGAGAGAUGGGUAUGGAGUUGGAUGAUAAGUCCAAUUGGAUGCCACCUAAAACACCUCCUUUGAGUAUACGGAGACACUCGAAAUCGCAUAUACCCCCAACACCGACGGUCACGAGCAAAUCACCAGACCAGAGAGAAGACCCAGGUCAUGCAGAGGGACAAAGUAAAUUAAGGGAAUUGAGAAUUUUCUUGACCCGCGAAGCUGGUGCAUGGCAUCGGAUAGCUCAUCGACUCUUAUCUGGGAAAUGGGGUGAUAUGCGAGAUGAGAUAUACAAACAAAGGGUGAUAGAUGAAUUAGAUUGGGUAGGAAUGACGAGUCUCAGAGAAGAAUUAUUCAACAAUCUUAUUAUGGGCUUUGGGGGAAAUGGGAAUCUGAGUUCAUCACCUGUUAGUAGAGGUGGAAUUUUAUCUAAUAGAAUUACAAAUCCCCCAUCACCAUCAAUCGCACAGAUACCUCAAACGUCCAUGUCAGCCGGAUUCAUAGGAUUUACACCCCUAAGUGGGAACUCCUCGCCUGGGAUGGGCAUGGGAGGUACGAAGAAGAUAACGAGAAGUAGUUCAUCAACUUCUUUGAUGAUGUUGAGGAACAAGGGGAACAAGGGGAAUAGAGUUAGCAGAGGUGGAUCUGGAUAUAUAUGA